AUGGAUCUGAAGAACAACAUAGCGCUUCUUCUAUUGCAGAUCAUAUUCUAUCGUCAACAGGAACUUUGCCAUCUAGAUAAAUCGUUGGAUAGUGAUACUUUGAUGACAGACCCAAUCAUCGAUGAUGCUAUUCUUCAUAAGUUUCGCAACCAUAAACUAGUUGAAUUACACGCAGCCGAUCUGUCGGGUAUAAGAUUGAGAAUACUCAAGAAUCUAGUAAAAGAGCUUUUCGAGAAGGGUUUGCCCGAUGAUGAAGGCCCGGUCAACGUGGUUUCGCUAGCAAACUUUUACUAUUCUCAACGCAUAAGGGAGCUAGAAUCAGAAGAGUUACCAAAGAUACGAAAUGAACUAAUACGGGACUUACACGAUGCUCAGUAG